UUUAUCGCCAAAUAAUUGGUGGGUGUUUCCGAGAAGAGGAAGACAAUUGAAAUUGAAAUUGAAAGUGGAUGACAUUGCCAGUAGCAGCCACCGUUCUUUAAGAAAAAAUCUCUCCAUGGAGUGGGAGAUGAGGCCCGGCGGCAUGUUCGUUCAGAGACGCGAGGCAGCGGCGGAUAACGGCGGCGGCGGCAACGGCAACAUGACGACGACGGUGUUGAUCACUGUCGUCCACGCUUCCUCCCACUACGACCUCCACCUCCCUACCAACUCCACUUUCUGGGAUGUUAAGAGUCUGCUUGUACAUAGAACUGGUUUACAGCCUGAAGAGCAACAACUCUUCUUUGGAGGAAAAGAAAAGGACAAUGAAGAUAAUUUGCAUGAGGAAGGUGUGAGGGACAAGUCAAAGCUUUUGCUUUUGGAGGAUGCUUCUAGUGAAGAGAGGAAACGCGAGGAAAUUAGAAAACACAAUGAAAUGUUAAAGGCUUCUGAAGCUGUUGCUGAAGUCAGAGCAGAGGUGGAUAAGCUCGCUGAGAGGGUAUCUGUCUUGGAAGUGGCUGUGGAUGGAGGGACCAGGGUUUCUGACAAAGAGUUUUUGAUGUCCACAGAGUUGCUUAUGAGGCAAUUGCUGAAACUGGAUAGUAUUGAGGCUGAAGGUGAAGUAAAGCUGCAGAGAAAAGCUGAGGUGCGUCGAGUGCAGAACUUUGUAGAUACACUAGAUUCUCUGAAGGCAAAGAACUCCAAUCCUUUUACCCCCAUUGGUAAAGCUGUCUCUGUAGCAACCCAAUGGGAGACCUUUGACUCUGGAAUGGGAAGCUUGAAUGCCCCUACCUCAAUGUCAUCUUCUAGAAAUGUAAGUCAAGAUUGGGAGCGGCUUGAUUAGCUAAGAAAUUUCUAUGUAACAUAAAACGACAAAGCAUAUAGAACACCAUAUUUUUAGACCUUGAUUCCUCAAUCAAGGUUGAAUUUUUUGUAGUUUGCUGAAGACAAAAUAUCUGUAAACCAUUUGACUGCCUUAGGGGGCAUACUUUGAAGUUAGAAUUUGGAAUGAAGAAGAAAAUGGAGGAGCAUAAUCUGGUUAUUCCUUUACAUAAAUCCUUCCAUGAAAUUUGGAGAGUGUAUCCAUUGUCAGUUCUGAUAUGCACUGAAAAGAUUGUUGAUAGCAAGUACACUACAACCAUUGUUUGAUAAAAGUCAGAACUUAGUCCAUUUCAUUCA